GGCACCAUUUUUACAGUAUUAUUCCAACCUCAUAGUGUGGAAAUAUACAGUGCCUGUCAGAAGUUUGGACACCUCAUUCUACAUUGUAGAAUAAUAGUGUAGACACAAACUUAUGAAAUAACACAUGGAAUCAUGUCGUAACCACAAAAGUGUUAAAAUCUAAAUAUAUUUUAUAUUUCAGAUUCUUCAAAAGUAGCCACCCUUUGCCUUGAUGACAGCUUUGUACACACAUGACAUUCUCAAAACCAGCUUCAUCUGGAAUGCUUUUCCAACAGUCUUGGAAGUUACCACAUCUGCUGAGCACUUGUUGGCUGCUUUUCCUUCACUCUGCGGUCCAACUCAUCUCAAUUGGGUUGAGGUCGGGUGAUUUUGGAGAGCAGGUCAUCAGAUAAAGCACUCUCACUCCUUGAUCAAGUAGGCCUUAAGCAGCCUGAAGGUGUGUUGGGUCAUGGUCCUCUUGAAUUCUAAACAAAUCAGUGUCACCAGCAAAGCACCGUCACACCACCUCCUUGCUUCACAGUGGGCACCACACAUGCAGAGAUCAUCCGUUCACCUACUCUGCAUCUGAAAGACACGGCGGUUGGAACCAAAAAUCUUGAAUUUUGAUUCAUCAGACCAAAGGACAGAUUUCCACCGGUCUAAUGUCCACUGCUCGUGUUUCUUGGCCCAAGCAACUCUUGUUAUUGGUGUCCUUUAGUAGUGGUCUCUUUGCAGAAAUUCAACCAUGAAGGCCUGAUUCGUGCAGUCUCCUCUGAACAGUUGAUGUUGUGAUGUAUUACUUGAACUCUGAGAAGCAUUUAUUUGGGCUGCAAUCUGAGGUACAGUUAACUCUAAUGAAUUUAUCCUCUGCAGCAGAGGUAACUCUGGGUCUUCCUUUCCUGUGGCGGUCCUCAUGAGAGCCAAAUUCAUCAUUGCGCUUCAUGGGUUUUGCGACUGCACUUGAAGAAACUUUAAAAGUUCUUGAAAUGUUCCGUAUUGACUGACCUUCAUUUAUUAAAGUAAUUGUGGACUGUUGAUGGACCCUAUCUGGUCUAAAAUGUAAAUUAAAUGUAUGACACAAGAAUAUAUUAUAUAUAACAAGCCUACAUCUAUUUGCAACAAUUCAAGUAGUAUCAUACAGGUACAGUAAACGUAUAGGAUAUUUUCCGCUUGUCCUAAAUCAGCUUUUUAGAGCGCACUUUAUUCUGUUGCUGGUUGAACACUCAAGGGCAUCUGACGCUUUUUAGCACGUGACUUAAAACAAAUAUUGAAAAGCGGCAAGUGCAGUUUGAACAAGUGAAACUGUUUGUCUCGUAUACGUCCGGUCUCACUUUGUACAUACCUUGGAUAUUGCUAUCUGAAAUAAAAUUCGAGGAGGACUUGUUUUGUAUUUAAGUAAUCUAUCGAUGCAUUGUUAUCGCAUCUGUGAUGUCUGACAGCGAUAUUUCUGGCAGCUUUCUACACAGCAAGAAUCAAAACAUGUUAUUACUUGAAAUAUGUGAGACCAACUGUACUCAGCUGCAGAGCUCUGGUGAUGAUGGUGAUGAAGACAGGAGGCUAAAAAGAAGGGAAAAGAACAGGGUGGCAGCGAAGAACAGCCGAAAAAAGAAGACACAAAGAGCAGAUGAGCUGCAUGAGGCAUAUGAGUGUCUGGAGCAGAAGAACAGACAGCUGAAGAAGGAUGUGCAGUUUCUGUCUGAGGAGCAGAGGCGUCUAACGGAGGCCCUCAAGGCCCAUGAGCCUCUCUGUCCCAUCAUGCACUGUGUUGCCAACCUGGGGUCAGGGACGUUGGGACCCAGGGAUGUAGGGGUCCCCUCCUGUCUGCCCAGAUAGCCAACAUACCAUGCACGGACCACAGAGACAAACCAACAUGGGAGACUUGUAAACAGAGUUAACAGGUCAGAUUUUAUGUCCUCAUCUGUCCUUUUUAUUCCAGGCGUCAAUUGUUUUUGUACAGUUUGAAUCAAGUUGUAAUUUAAUAAUUAUAGGCUUACGUAAUGAGCUUUGUUUCAGAUGUUCAAGUUGCUUUUCCUGUUUAAAUGUUUCGUAUAAUACAUUGAACAUAAAUUGCAUAUCCCUUUCCCAAUGAGACCAUUUCCCUUUGCUUCUGAUAAAUGUGGUUACCACACCUCUUAUCACGUGUGUUUUGGUUAACCAAACUAGUUUACCAGUACCUGGGCUUGACCAUGUGGGAACUUACUUAUACUUUACCAGAAAAAAUAAACCAUUUAAAGGUUUUUGGUUUCUGGUUUCUUAGUCCCUAAUCUAAAACAUUUAAUACACUGGCUAUUACCAAUGGAUUCAUGCAAUUCAAUGCUUAAUUGAUCAAAUAAAAUAAUCAAAUCACUUAAUCCAACUAUAAUAUGUACAGUUGUAUUAUUAUUGUUAGUUAGCUCAUGUUAUGACAUUGUUAUAGAGUGUACCCUCUCUUCCCUAUAAUGUGGGUAAAUACUCACUAACCUCAUUACAUCUUCGUCUCAUAACUUUAAAAAAUUAAAUACGUUUGAAGCAAGCCAUUAUCAUUCACUAACUCAAUAAAAGGGGGAACAUCUAGGGAAUUCUUGUCCCAAUCAAUGAUCUACAGCAUGUAUGGUCUAUCUUGAUGACAUGACUGCAGGCUUCUCUAAAAUGUUAUUAUGAAUGGAUGGAUACAUUCACAGUAGUAAUUGGCAAGGCUUCUACUAAAUGCAGACUGACCACUGAGAAAUGUGAAAGACUCUUCAGCCACACAGACAGUUCAUUUCAUACCAAAGGAUUUAUAGACUUCUGCAUUCUGCAUUUGAGGGGAAUUGUGGUGAUUAUAAUAAAGCCAUUUGUGUGGAUCGCUUCUU